AUGCAGUCCGACCUACCCACAACUUCAAGGUCAAACUCUCGAGCUCUUGAUACUCCUCGAGCGUCGCUGAACCAGGCUCGAAAAGAUGUCCCCUCGGACACUGGCAAGCAAUCUGAGUCUCUCCAGCAGCAACAUAGAUAUGUUCAAGCAUCAGCAGUUGAGCUAACAGAUGAGCUUUUUCAUCUUCACGACCAAGGAUCGGCCAAUUCACCUACAACGCACAGCAACACUUCCGCUCUUCCCGGUGGGACCUUCCUCCACAGUCGCAUGUCUGGCGACCGAGGAGAUGAUGGAAAGACUAGCCUUUCUUUCCUCUUCCCUGGGCUAAUUUUCCCGUCCCGUCCAGUCUGUGACACUCUGCUCCAGUCUUACUGGAGGUCCGCGCAUUGGUUCAUGAUGCUUUUCUAUAAGCCUUCUUUUGAACGCGAAUAUAGGCAAAUUAUAGGUGAUCAACACGUGGCUAGUCACCAGAGGGGCACAGCAGUGUUGAUUCUGAUGGUCCUUGCCAUAGGGGCAAGAUAUGCCUCUGACCAAGAACGCUCGAAAGUUGGCAUAUCCAAGGAAGAGCUAUCCUCACUUCAGAGAGAUUUGCUCAACCAGAUUCGAUUGCACUAUUUUGAUGUUCUGGACACUGGAACUCUAGAAUGUGUUCAAUUAUGCAUUUUGCUGAGCACAUACUACCUUUACAAUGGCACGCCGAACUUAGCAUUGCCUAUACUUGGUGCAGGGAUCCACAGUGCGCAGGCGCAGAGCCUACACAAGGAGAUUCUUUGGGGCUCUGCAAGUGAGAUUGUUCUCGAGGUCCGCAAGCGAACUUGGUGGGCUCUAUAUGUCCUCGACAGGUUCGCUUCAGUGACCUAUGGUCGACCGUCCUCAGUCAACGACGAUUUCUGCGCUGUGAGCAUGCCACGAGAUAUGGAUGACAUCUUGACUGUGCAUCCGUUGCUGAAUCAUGCGAGCUAUUCUUCAACACCGGUCACACUAGGCUCAUAUCAACGGCACAAAUUCAAUCUAUAUUCUAUCGCAACCCACGUUAUUCGCAAUAUUCAUAAUGUGCAUGCCUCUAGUUCAGAGACUGCAAUGAAUCAAGCCGCGGAAACCAAUGCCAAGCUGGUGGACUGGUUUGACCGACUGCCUGUGGAGUUAAGGCUGGAGAACAAUGUUGAUUUAGACAUGGCAAGUUUGACAAGUGCCGAGGCCGAGGUCUGCCAGUUGUUUCAACUACAGGCGCUGGCCCUUCAGCUGGCCUAUGACAACAUCCAAAUAAUCUUACAUCGCCCGUUUAUUCGAUGUACUCGCCGCUUAUCUGCACCUACCUCUUCCGAUUCGAGCGAGUCCGACGGGCGCCCAACAAGUUUUGAACAAUGCAAGCACUCUGCUCGCCGCACCUGCAGCAUACUGCCACGCUAUGCAAAACUUCUCUCUGUGGCCCAAAUGACCCAUGCAGCAGCAUAUAUCGCUAUUCAAAACUUUACUGCAGGUGUUACUAUGGCAAUGGUAGCGCUGUCUGACCCUGGCUCAGAACAAUCGCUUGAUGCCAAAAGAGGUGUCGCGAAUUCAAUAACGUUGCAGAAAACACUCGCUGCAUCGUCCAUAGUCCCAUCGCAGACGGUCAGGGUUCUUGAAGGGCUGUUCCAGCUAAUGUUCAAACGUGAAAUGCAGUUAUUGCUGGGAAAUCCGCCUCUAGAGUUGGGUUCUCACAGUCCAGUUGGCGGACCACUUAACCAAGCACAUGAGCCCGAGGAUUCUCAGCUACCUGAUAGUAUUCAUGGUCCUAUGAGGCGUCGAUUCAACCACAGAGCCUCGCGUGGAGGCCAGGACAAUCCAGAGCUGCUACCAAACAUCAUUGAACCCGAACGAAGAUCCCAGCUUCCCCUCAGCGAUCAUGCCGCGAUGAACCCUGGUCACGCUCAAGAUAUUCCCGGUUUAUCUUUCUAUCCGGGGAUUGGCCAUGCACUAGAAUCAGUGCAGCAAGUACUAUGGGAAAAUUCCGAUCCUACGGCAUAUGCAGGAGCUUAUGUCCCGGGGACUUCCAAUCCCCAGCCUUAUAUAUGCGAACAGCCGGGUCCAUUCGUGGGGAAUAUUGCAGAAGAAACCAAUCGCUUCCCUCAGCCGACUUCACUAACCCCAAUGGCCGAUCCUGCAAGCCAAGAUCUGAAUAUCUUGAAUAACUCCUUCCUAGGUCAGUGCUGGCUAUGGAACCAGCCGGACUUUGAUAGUUUACAAGAACCAUAA